UUGACAGGCAUUGUUGCGUGAAGAAGGUAUAAUAAUUCCAAUUUGCGUUGUCCGGCUUUUGUGUAAAACCGUUAUUAUUACAUUAACUACGAACAGUUCAAUUUUACUUUAGCAAAGUAUUUUUAAGUUAUUAGUUUUAAAAUGCAGAGUGUCAUAAAUACAGUUAAAGGGACUGCCCUAGGGGUUGCGGGUUAUUUAACGCCCGUACUCAAGGAAUCUAAAUUCCAAGAAACUGGCGUUCUGACUCCAGAGGAGUUUGUAGCAGCUGGAGAUCACUUGGUGCAUCACUGUCCCACUUGGCAAUGGGCCAAAGGCGAAGAGUCAAAGAUCAGGCCAUAUCUACCACCAGACAAGCAGUUUCUUAUUACUAGAAAUGUGCCCUGUUAUAGGCGUUGUAAACAAAUAGAAUAUUGCGAGGAUAAUGAGAAGGUGAUAGAAGAUGAAAAUGAUGAGGACGGGGGUUGGGUCGACACUCAUCACUAUGAAUCCUCUGGGUCUCCCACUAUUGAAGAGAAGGUGUGUGAAAUGACGCUGGAAGCGGCCGAGACGGGCGACAGCGACGGCGAGGCGGGCGGCGAUCAAGACGAAGAUGAUGAUGACGCCGACGAUGACGAGGCCGAGGACAUGGAGCACUUCCAGGAGUCCGGCCUGCUCGAUGAAGUGGAUCCAUCAACAGCACUGACGACCCGCAAGGAACCGAAGAAGGAAAAGAAACAGAAGCACGAUGGGGAUGAGAUCGUCAAGACUCGAACUUACGACCUCCACAUCACAUACGACAAGUACUACCAGACGCCGCGACUCUGGCUCAUCGGGUAUGACGAGGAGCGGCGGCCGCUGGGCGUGGAGGCGAUGUACGAGGACGUGUCGCAGGACCACGCCAAGAAGACCGUCACCGUGGAGACGCACCCGCACCUCUCCGGGCCCGGCGUGGCCUCCGUGCACCCCUGCAGGCACGCGGAGGUGAUGAAGAAGAUCAUCGAGACGGUGAUGGAGAGCGGCAGCGAGCUGGGCGUGCACAGCUACCUCAUCGUGUUCCUCAAGUUCGUGCAGACCGUCAUCCCCACCGUCGAGUACGAUUUCACGCAGAACGUCAGCAUCAACUAACACCUACCACCACACACCUACCACCACACACCUACCACCACACACCUACCACCACACACCUACCACCAC